AUGUCGAAACAGUUUGUGCGGUCUGCGAAGAAUGUGGUAAAAGGAUAUUCUUCGGCUCAGGUGCUGGUUCGUAACGCUACUGCGAACGAAUCCGAAGGUCCCAGUGUGGAUGAGCUGGAUGAGUUAGCUGAAAAAACUUACGAUAGCGUAGAAUUCUUCGAAAUUAUGGAUAUGAUUGAUAAGAGGUUGAACGAUAAGGGAAAAUACUGGAGACAUAUUGCCAAGUCACUGACUGUAUUAGACUAUUUGGUGCGGUUUGGGAGUGAAAACUGUGUUCUAUGGUGUCGUGAGAAUUUGUAUGUUAUUAAAACACUCAUGGAAUUUAGGAACGAUGACGAUGGAGGUGUGGAUCAGGGUCAGAUCAUCAGGGUGAAGGCUAAAGAGUUGACUAACCUGUUGAGCGAUGACGAGAGAUUGAGAGAGGAGAGAGAGAUGAAUAGAAAGGGAAGGAAAAAUGGGACAAGAAGAAGGAGAAGAACUACUGGUGAACAGGAUGGGUUUGAUGAUGACCUCCAAAGAGCUUUGGAUGAGAGUAGACUGACUGCAGAGGAGGAUGAAAGGCGUAGAAAGAUGCUGGGCAGUGAAGAUGACGAUUUGCAAGCUGCCUUGCAGUUGAGUAAAGAAGAGGAAGAGUUGAAGAGAUUGCAGGAGAUGCAGAAAUUGCAACAACAACAAACACAACAGCAACCAUCACAGUACUACGAUAUUUUUGGGAAUCCAAUCUCCCCAGAGGAAUACUUCCAGUAUCAACAACAACAGGAUCUAUUGGCCCAGCAACAAAGAGAGCAGGAGCUUUUGGCACAACAACAGGAACAACAAAGGUUGGCAGAGCAACAGUACUGGGCAAUGCAGCAGGAGGCUUUGGCUCAACAGCAGGCAUUAGCUGAGCAGCAAGCUUUGGCUCAACAACAGGCGGCACUACAACAAAACCAGUGGUAUCAGCAACAACAAGCUAGCGGGUAUUAUCAGCAACCCAUGGCCACAGGCUCUAACAACCCAUUUGCGCUAAACAAUCUGCAAUUACAACAGGCCCGUCCUGCUCAAAGCAGCCCUGUUCCCAAUUUCACUUCAACACAAGCGCAAUCUCCUCCUAAGCCUCAACCUCAGGCUCAACCACAGAAGCAGGCCCCUCUACCUCAACAACCACAACAGGCACUGAAACCAGUAAGAACAGGAGACUUAGCGAUGACCGAGAAAUAUGGAGAAUUAAACAAAUUGCUUGCUACAGGCACGGGUAUUGAUACUUUUGGUAACACAGGUGAUGCCCGUAUCCCAGCUCAACAUACGAAGACUGGAACUUUUAUUAAUUCUCAAGGUACUGGUUAUAGACAAGUGACAGGCGAACCAAAAAAGAAUCCUUUUUUGCAAAGCCAAUACACUGGUAUACCUAGUUCUAACAUAGUCCCAGCUCACACUGGUUAUGGAUUCGGAAACCAACCAUCACAACAAAAUCAAGCACAACAGCACCAAACGGCCGAUCAAGGAGUCAGUUUGAUUGACUUGUGA